CGCUGCGCGCGAAUUCUCUUCUGUUUCUUACGGUAAGUGCGUGUGGCUUGUGUUGGUUUUGCAACUGUCACACAGCUGUAGCACGCGCGUGCACUACGUUCAAGGCAGCGAACAACAGACAGUCUACGAGAAAAGAUCACUGUAGAUGCAUGGUGGAAUGUGUAUCUGAGUGUUUACCGGAAGACGCUGGACCAUAUGUUCAGAGAGUGGGAUUUUGAAUUCUGCGUCCAUCUCAAUUGACUAGAAUCCCUCUUCCAGCUCAUUCAAGUGCCUGCUUUCCUCUGCUGCCAUGGCCUCCACACCGCCACCUCUUAUGAAGAAGCACAGUCAGACUGAUCUUGUGAGUCGCCUGAAGUCCCGCAAGGUUCUGGGUGUCGGCGGGGAGGAUGAUGACGGAGAGGUGCACAGGUCAAAGAUCAGUCAGAUGUUGGGUAAUGAGAUGAAGUUUGCUGUACGUGAGCCCAUUGGUCUCCGGAUUUGGCUCCUCAUCUCUGCAGUGCUGUUCACAUCAACAUCCUUAAUGGCCCUGGCUUUCCCCAACCAGCUCUAUGAGUUAAUAUUUGAGCUUACCACCACCAGGAUCUCCAUCAGACUCUACGGCGGAGCCCUUCUAUGUAUCUCAUUAAUCCUGUGGAAUGGCUUGUACACAGCGGAAAAGGUCAUCAUUCAAUGGACGCUGCUUACGGAAGCAUGUUACUUCGGGGUACAAUUUCUAGUGACGUCCAUCACCCUCUUGGAGAUGGGCACAUUGUGCAACGGUGCAGUCGUUCUUCUUGUUAGUGAAGCCUUCUUCCUCUUCAUCACCUUGAGUUACUAUCAUCACCUUGGUCGGCGCUCGAAAAAGAUGUGAGGGAGGCCAGCUACCAUGUGUUCACCAGUCUGACAAAAUCUUGUGUUAGAUGGGUGGCUUUGCACCAGAGAAUGCUUUGAAUACAGUAGCACCACUGCCUGGACCAAAUGAAUUUACACUUGACUGAAAAUCAACCUCUGUUUGUGGGCAAUUUCCAUUUUAUGUAUGUAUGUGGGCACUCUAAUUAGAUCCACAGGGCAUCAAAUCAUGACUUUUGUUACAUUAAAUUAACUACAGUAGCUUUAAUUAUUUGACAGCUUACCUGUUUGUCAAAGAUUUCCUGAGAGUAUAUAUUGUAUGGAUGGUAGAAUUAUGGCACAUUUAUACAUGUCAGGGAAUGUUGUCUCCCAAAUGUUAAAAUGCAGUUUUAUAAUGGCGCACAACAACACCACAGUACAAGCACCAAUACAGUCGGUCCUGGAGGGCCACUAUCCUGCAGAGUUUAGCUCCAACUUGCCUCAACACUCCUGCCUGGAAGUUUCUAGUAUGCUUACACCGUAAAACCCGAUAAAUUACGGUAACUCAGACCAUUUGAGGAAACUGAUUGCCUUAAACCAUUUAAGAUUUAAAAAAACCAAUAAGUAUGAGUACUGUAAACUCAAAUACAUUAAGUUAAAUUCACUUAUAUUUUAGUGUUGGUUUAGUAAAUCAUUAGAGUAAGUUAUUUCCACUCAGUUUGAAUUUAGGUAACAAAUCUAACUAAGUCUUAAGAACUAUCUAGCUACUUAAAUGGUUUGAGGAAACAGAUUGCCUUAAAUGGUUUAAGUUUAUCAAACUCAAGGUAAUAAGGUUACAUAAGACUAAGCAAAAACUAACAUUGGUACAAAGCAAUGAUGACAGAACAGGAGCACUGUAAAACUCAAGUUCAGAAUACUCAAAACAUUUAUAUAAACAUCACAUUCAGAUCUUGGUUAAAUGUUAAAUAGCAAAUAACGCAUGCUAUUAUAACUAUCAAACAGACUGUCAUUAUAUACUUGCAUGUAUAUAAUCAAACAACAUACAGUAUAUAUGGUCUUAAAAGUUUUGCAGCCCAUCCUCAACCUAACCACAGGCUCUACUCUUCACCACAAUAGUAUUUCUACAAAACUAACAUAACAUAGUCUCCCUAUGUUAAUCUUGUGCAAAAACACACAAAAUAACACUUAAUUUCUGAUGCAAAGCAUGCUGGGAAUUAGAAAUCUGCUGCAACUCAAUCAUAUUAAGUUCAGCUUACUACAAUCAAAUUUUGAGUUCACACAACUUUUUUCUAUUAAGUACAAUGAACGUUCAUUAUUAUUUGAGUGAAACGAACUCAUUUCAUGUAAUUAAUUUGACUAUUCGGUUUUACAGUAUAUGAGACCAUGAUUAUUUGGUUCAGGUGUGUUUAAUUGGGGUUGGAGCCAAACAUUGCAGGACAGUGACCCUCCAGGAGCAGGAUUGGGCACCCCUGAUGUAAGACAAAGGGUAAAACAAGGAAUAGCAUACAUACAAAAUUAAAAUAGGCCUACAUUAAAAUUUGAAUGUAUUGUUGAAGAACUAUAAUUGUUACAUUUACAUGUAGUUACCAACAUUCUAAUUAAUUUAUUUCAUUGUUUUAUCUACAUAAUUCACAGGAAUUGCACGUUAAAAUUCCAAAGUGAUGAACAUUGCAAAGUGAAGACUUUGCAAAUACAUUCCUUUUGAAUUUAGACUCUCAACAGUACAUUUUGUGAUAUGGUAAAAAUAAUGGAUGUAGUAUUAAAUAGUAUUUAAAGUGUAUAUUUCAGAAAGUACCUUAUUAACUUUGUAGUUGGACAUUUAUUACUGUCUUUGACAAAUCCAGCUAUUUGUGGCUUCAAACAAAGAAAUUCUACCCCUGCUAAGUCAGACAUAAUUAGUUUGUUACCUUUUUCUGCUUUACAUAUACCUAUUGGACAUUUACAAAACAGGUACUAAAGUAAAUAAUGUAAUUUAUUAAUUUAGGACAACUCCUCUUUUAUUACAGAUUAGGAGAUUACAGAGAAUAAGUCAGUUUUUUUUUUCUUUUUUUCUCAUGUUCGGACUCAUGGUUUAACUUUAACAAAUUUAAAUAUAUGUAUUAAAGGGACAGUUCACACCAAAUUUUACGUGCAAUAUCUACUCUCAUUUUGUUCCAAAACGUAUGAUUGUCUAUCAUCUGUGGAGCAAAAAAGGAGUACCGUAAAAGUAGUCCAUAUGACUUGUGCACUGUGUUCCAUGUCUGAAUUCAUAUGAUGGUUUCUGUGUGUUUCGUCAUUGACAGCAAACUUCAGAGAAUUUACUUUUUGUGUGAACUCUUCUUUUAAAAACUAACAUUAUGCACAACAAUAGUACAUUUUAGAACUGUAUUUAGUAAGAUAUACUUUAUGCCUUUAGUGAUCCAUGCAUGAAGUCAACAAUGCAGAUCAGCAGUAGCUCUAAAAUGUAGCACUUUUAUAAAUAUAAAAUAUGUCAGUAAAAGACUUCCACAUAAAGUGUUCAUUUAAAAAAAAAAAAACAAUGUUAGCAUGCUGAACUUUUAUUCACCUCUUAUAUUCACUAUAAUGUAGCCAUAAUUUAGAUUGUUGCAGCUCUUUUAUCAUAGCACCAACAUCAGCAAAAUUUAAUUGUUUAAUAAUAAUAUAAAUGAUUAUUCUAUAAUCAGAUAUAGCAGGUGUCAUUCCUAAUAGUAUGCUUCCAUCACUGAACUGUCAUUUGAGAUGUAGACAGUCAUGUUGCCCUUCCAUAGAUCUCAGAUGCUGCUUCCAUUAAACACAAAUGGCUUUGUUCCAAAGGGAAAUCUAAGGAUUAUAUAAAUAAAUGCUUUGGAGCUAGCAAGUUUGAUAGUAUUUUAGAUGUCUGUUAAGGUGGUCUGAUUAUCCCAUUUCAUAAUUCGAUAUUGACUGCAGUAGGAAACUGCUAUUUGUUUAUUUAUAUUGUGCAUCUCUCUUUUAAUUAACUGUUUAGUAAUAUUCUAUUAACAAGCAAGAUAAUGGACCAUGAUUUGAUUGUCAAGUCAAAGCACAGUUAAUGAUUAUUCAGUAGACUCAGUAUAUUUUUAGGUCACUUUUUGCUUUUUUGUAAAUAUUUAAAUGAUUCAGGAAUGUGUAACACUUCUUAAACAUCUGUAAAUGUGCAACUUUUUUGUAUUUUGUUUUUGUUUUGGACAAAGAUGAUUACUAUGUCAGAUUUAGAAUCUUUUUGCUUAAGUUUCUUAUACACGCGUUUGACAGUUAUGUAUCUACUUUUUGUACAGUGAAUGUGCUUAAUUAAUAAAUCUGUAAAGUUUUUCAAAUGCAAAAA